AUGUCAAAGAGUACUACAUGUUGUCAUGUCGCACGCCUGUGUUAUUUCCAAGGUCCGAUGCUGGGGCAAGUUGAGUUUUCACCAUUUGAAACCUUGCCAAUAUGCAUAAGCUUGGUGUCGUGGGAAAAGGAAGGGACUGCAUCUGUCAGGAACUCCGCGUGCCACUCUAUGCGGGCUUCACAGAUAUUGGCUGAAAGGCGAAGGCAAGUUCUCGUACAAGUAGAAGUAGCCAUGGCGUGCUCUUGCUCGUCGCUUCUUUUGGGGCUGUUGGCUCUGCUCUUGGCCUCGGGUCUGUCGGGUCUUUCGUGGUGUUGGAGCUACGUGAAGGACCUGGAGAAGCGCGUUGCUAGUGUGAGCGACGUGCAAGAUCUCCAGAGUCGCCUCGCAGCCUUGGAAGCUCGCUGUGCCAAGCAGCACCACGCCACUUCGGCGACGCCAGAGAAGCGUGAGCCACUGGCGUGGCCUUCCUCUUCUGCCAGGCAUCUGUCCCAGACGCAGGAGAACCAGGACCACGACGCCUUCGAUGAUGGGUCACGGUACCUCUAUACUGGCAACCAGACUUACAAAUAUGACAAGUGGACGACAUACAAAGGGGAAAUGUGGAAUGCGAUUCUCAUGUCCUGUCCCAUCGAACAUCUUCCGGGCAUUACUCUUGAAGAAAGAGAAGCUCAGCAAUUGAUAUGCGCUGCAACAGUCGGACAGAAGGAUGAGGCUUUUGCCGCUCUGAAGAAGCAUCCACAUUUGGCAGAUCUAGCUCUGGCUGCUGCUGCAUUUGGCGAUGUUGCGUUUAUCGGCAUUGACAAGGAAGGUGAAAUUGACUAUGCCUUUCAACACAAAGCAAAGGUGAGGGCUCGUGCGGAAAGCAAUCUUGGCAGCCGUCUCGAGAUUGUUCGGCACUUGUUCACACAAGGUGCCAGUGGGAAUUCCACUUUCAUUGACCAGGGAAUCGACUUUGCUCGCAAGAAUAAGGUUGACAUUGACAAACGGAUGAUCCGACUGGUGUCUUGGGGAAGCUUGAGAAGAUGGCUCCUUGUUAAGCCGUUGAUUUUGUCAAACUCUUUCGAUAAUGCGACGUUGGCGGAUGGUUUCGAAAUCUUCUUGAACUGGCGGAAGAUGGCGGAUCCAGCUGCAGUUUCAGCUCCAAGUCUUGCAAGUUACGCUCUGGUCUACCCCAAGGCUGCGAUGCAGUACUCAACGGAGAACCCGCAGGUUCUUGAGGAGAAGAGCAGUGAAGAUAAAACAAUGUUGAUGGAAGCGAGUUCGGGAAACUUCGCAGGUGACCCUGAUCGUUUCCAAUGCCUUUUGGCGGAAGCAAAGUUGCGACAGACUCCCAUAGACCAAAUGUCGGCCACAGGUGAGAAUGCCGCGAUGCUGGCAGCAGAAGCUGGCUUCUUGGAUCACUCCAAAGAGCUUGAAGACUUGAAAGCGGAGAAGGAGUUGGAGGACACAAGUGGGGUUUACCACUUCCAGUACAUGCUGCUCUUAGUGGUGGGUCUGCACCUAGCCUUUGCUGUUGUCGGCCUGCAAUGCCCUGAUCCAUUACGCUCUGGUGCCUGGCCUCCUGCUUCGACCUGA